GCCGUUAGCUCAGGCGCAGCUCCGGCCACCUCUGUGGGGUCCAUAGAGCGGCGGCGCGCCGGCCUGAGGGAAGAUGGCGGCCACCUGGUGGCGGGUCGUGCUGAACGGGAGUCGGAGUUGGCGGGGCUUCAGCACCUCAGCCGCCCUGAGCCGCCGGGCCGCUCCUCUGGGGCCGAUGCCCAACGAGGACAUCGACGUGAGCAACCUGGAACGGCUGAAGAAAUACCGCAGCUUCGACCGCUACCGGCGCCGUGCGGAGCGGGAGGCGCGGGACCCGCACUGGUGGCGGACAUACCGGGAGCAUUUCGGAGAGGAGUCAGGUGGUCCCAAAGACACGGUUGACAUUGGCUUGCCUCCACCUAAGGUCUGCCGGACCCAACAGUUGCUGGAACGGAAACGGGUCCUGCGGGAGCUGCGGGCCAGUGUGGAGGAGGAGCGGGCCACCCGCCUCCGCACAGCGAGCAUCCCCUUGGAAGCCGUGCGAGCCGAGUGGGAGAGAACCUGUGGCCCCUACCACAAGCAGCGUCUGGCCAAAUACUAUGGCCUCUAUCGGGACCUCUUCCGUGGGGCCACCUUCGUGCCCCGAGUCCCCCUGCAUGUGGCCUAUGCCACAGGCGAGGACCACUUGGUACCUGUGUACUAUGGCAAUGAAGUCACUCCAGCUGAGGCUGCCCAGCCCCCGGAGGUGACCUAUGAGGCAGAUGAGGGCUCCAUGUGGACGCUGCUGCUCACCAACUUGGAUGGACACCUGCUGGAAGUGGACGCCGAGUAUGUGCACUGGCUGGUCACCAACAUCCCGGGCGACAGGGUGGCUGAAGGACAGGAGACAUGUCCCUACCUCCCCCCCUUCCCUGCCCGAGGCUCCGGCUUCCACCGCUUUGCCUUCGUUCUCUUCAAGCAGGACGAGCCAAUCGACUUCUCCGGGGACACCCGGCCCUCACCCUGCUACCAGCUUGCCCAGCGGACUUUCCACACUUUUGAUUUCUACAAGAAACACCAAGACGCCAUGACCCCAGCUGGCCUGGCCUUCUUCCAGUGCCGCUGGGAUGACUCAGUCACCCAUGUCUUCCACCAGCUCCUGGGUAAGGGCAGAGUGGGCAAGGAGGAGGGGGUGGCUGGUCCGAGCACACAGACCUCCCCUGACAUGUCAGGAGAAGUGCCUGCAGGAGAGGGCCAGCAGCAGGCGUGCCAUUCCUGGGGUGGGCUGGCUGGGCAGUCCCCUGGAGCAGACAGACGGAUGGGCUCAGGCCAGCAGCAGUCCACACCUGUGUCUCUCCUUCACUCUUCUGCAGACAUGCGAGAGCCUGUGUUUGAGUUUGUGCGCCCGCCCCCUUAUCACCCUAAGCAGAAGUGCUUCCCCCACCGGCAGCCCCUGCGCUACCUGGACCGGUACAGGGACAGUCACGAACCCACCUAUGGCAUCUACUGAUUGACCGGAGUGCCCCCAUCUCAGAGAGUGAACGGGGCUUCUCAGGCCUCCCUGCCAGGCUCUGCAGGCCGGGGCAAUAGAGACACAGCGCCGAGGGGCCAAGCAUUGGGGUUCUCCUGCCUGAGGCCACCCCUCUGCCACCCUCCAAGCAGGCUCAGGGAUUGGGAGGGGGGAAGGCUGGGGGUAGGGUUUCCAAUAAAGAUUUU